AUGCGUACCAGGAAGUCAAAUCGCAAUAAGCGAUACACAGUUGAGAAGUAUGAUUUCGAGGAUUCCGAAGACGAGCAAGCGACCCCGUCCAGUCGCGUCCAGAAGGCUGACCAACGGAAUGAUGAUGAAUUUGAUGUAACCGCAGAACCUGAAGAGCAAGAUGAGGCAAUAGAUGCAGAGUCAUCCCACUCAGAUACCACAGCAAGUGAGGGUGAUGCUCCAAAGGCUCAGCCACGCCAGCGUCCAAGGACAGCAAAACCACCAAAGACUAAAAAGGGUGCUGCAUCCGCAACUAAUUCAGCAACUGCAUAUGUCAAUAUCGAACCGGCUUCCACAGAUAGCCCUCUUGGAAAAGGAUACUCUGGAUUAUUUGAUAGGGGCUUCCGGGGCCUGGCUCUCGUUGCUGCAUGGUACGGUCCGGAGGAGGAGAGAAUACAGAAAGGCCAAGAAGCCUUGAACCGCUGGGUUGAAUGGGCGCUACUUCCCCCAAAAGACAUUGCAGGCCCUCCAGGAUCCGUUUCAGGAACCUUUUGGUCUGAAAGCUCUCAGGAUCACGAAAAUUCUCCUUGUCAAACCUGGCUUUCGCGUCUCAACUCAGAUCAGUCAUCUCGUACGGUUUUAUCUGGCCUCACCGCAGAGUAUUCCAGGCCAUAUCUGUUGAAUGCAGGGACAUUGCCAGUUUUAUUGGGACCUCAUGACGACCAAGUUGAGUUCAGUAUUACGGCAGGUGAUAGCAUUGGGCUCACAUCCACUGGUCUCCCUCAUAAUUCGACCGAGAAUGAGGACGAAUUCCCUACAGGCUGGAUGCUUGAUACUGGGGGACUAGUUCUUAACCUGGACUGGGCACAGCAAAGAGAUGUAGAUGCAGUCCAGCUCUUGGCAAUUGCUGUUGUACCUCAUCUUGAUCAAGAAGUAUACACCUACGAUGAGGCUACUUCAGGACCAGAUUUCCAAAUGCAGGGCACAGUGCAGAUAUGGGCAUUCCAAGGCAGGAGGACCAAGAAGGAUACCAUUGAGCCCUCCAACCAGCGUCCUCGACUUCAAAAGACGCUCUGUCUAUACGGUGGCCGGGUGAAGAUUGUUCGGUGGAGCCCAACUUGCCGGCAUCUGGCUAUCCUCUCUGGCGGGACCGUACAUGUUGUUGACCCUGGAGAAGACGAGAACGGAGCCUAUCAAGAAAUACAACAACCCAUCGCCACGUUAAGCAUUACUGAGGAAGAUAUCAAGGCAACUACCCUAACCUGGGUUACCUUUAACCGACUGGCUAUUGGCUACUCAGACGGCUCGAUCGCAUUGUGGUCUAUCUACCCAGCCUGCCUACUAUCUCGCCACCCGGUUCAUCAUAGCCCAGUCAUCAACAUAGAAUCAGGCUACCCAUCCCUGCCCUAUCUAGUUGCAUCUACACCGAUAGGCGGCUUCGUGAAAAUCGUUGAUCUAAGAUCUCCAAGCCUUGAAACUAGCGAGGCGGGAGUCCUAUCAGUCAACACCAUACCCAACCUCCUGGCGUAUAGCGACCAUCUUCUCGGCUUUUACGCGCUCAGUCCCACCUCCAACGUUCUCAACACUAUGGUUGGCUUUAUGCACCAUGCUCAUUUCCCUAUAGUUCGAAGAGUCUUUACAAGUGACAGGUUCGUCACUAGUCUUUCUAUUGGACGAACCCAUCCCCACCUCCUUGUCGGGACGACUGACGGUUCACUAUGGGCUAUGAACCCGCAGCUUGAACUCUUCCAAGGCAGAAGAGAUCUCUCGGACAGGAUCCGAGUACUCCAGCAUGAGCAUCGACCAGCAGAAAACUUCCCACCAGGCUCACCAGCGUCAGAGCGUGGCGUCUCGCGGAUCAUCCAAGGGUUCAAGCCUGAGAAGAAUAGGCAUACAAAGCUUGAACCUCCUGGGAAGAAGAAGAAGGGGAAAGGAAAAGGCGCCGAGGAGGACGCUGAAGGGGAUGAGGUCACAGGCCACGGCGAUCCUUCGCGCGGCAUCGUGCAUGAGCCAUUGACAAGAAUUACUGUUGUCAAGUGGAAUCCGAACCAUGGAUACGGUACUUGGGCAGCGGUAGCCAUGGCUUCAGGCUUGGUGAAAGUUCUGAAUCUUGGGCUGGAAGACAUGGAAGAGUGA